AUGUGCUAUGAAGGAACCUAUCCUCCUACCAUGAAGAAGGAGCUGCCACCUUUUGGAGAUACUCCUGCUGCUAGUUCCAUUAAUGCUGAGGUUGAUGAGGAACACGUAGCACCUAAACCAAAAUUUCAAUUUGCAUUUGAAGAGGUUGAAAUUUCUGAUGAUAAUGAUGAUGAUGUUAAUGAUGAUGAUGAUGAUGAUGAUGAUGAUGAUGAUGAUGCUGAUGAUGAUGAUGAAUGUAUGGAUUUUCGUAUGUUUGUACCAUCAAAGGAGCCAGUCAAUGAGGUUGUGAUAUCUCCAGUUGAGACAGAGAAAGAGAUAAACAUUUUCAAACAAUCAAACGAUCCAACCCCUGAACAGAUGGAUACUCUUAUUGCAGAACUUCAGCGAACUGCGAGGAAGCCUCCCCAAGCACUGCCUGUUAUAACUGAACCUCCAUCUGAGAGUGAUCAAGAAGAUUCAACUCACGUCCUUCUCCAGAUUAAAAGAAAGAGAAGAGAUCCAAGGCCUGGAGUGCUUAUCUCAGAGCAAGUCCAAAAGGAAUUUUCAACGAUUGAGCCUGGUUCUAUGGCUCAAAGCAUACCAAGCCCUGUCACUGAGUCCAUUCUAGUGAUUCAAGAAAUUUCAAGCCUGUUACCUGAGUCUACUCCUAUGGAUCGGGACUUUCAAAUCCCUAUUAUUGAAGAAAUAGUUUUGCCUUCUGAAGGUGCUAAACCUUCUGGAAGCUUCUUUGAAGCCCCUGAACUGGAUAUUUCAAAAAAGGAAAAAGCAAGCUACCUAAGUGUGAAUUUGUGGAUGUUGAUCUGCUUCAGAACAGAGUUUUUGUUUUGGAAUAGAGCUCAACAGAAAAGGAUUUGA